AUUCAUUUGUUUUGGGUUUUCUACUUUCUUAUUCAUAUUAAAAAGAAAAAAAAAGAAAAUUUGUGUUUAUUAAAAUAUUGAAGGAGGAGACGACUUCCAGAGUCAACUAAAAAGCCAUUUUAUUAGAAAAAAAAACUCUUGAUGCUCUGUAUUUGGACCAAUGCUUAGGCAACAUUGUUCUAUCUGUGGCUUGUGAAAACAAAGAAGUUACCAGUGACUUCCCGGAUUGGUAAUCCAACAAUGCGAGCUUCAACAGUUCUACUCAAUAGUAUUGUUCUGAUUCAGUUGUUUGCGGCUCAAAUUGAUGCUAAAGGAUCAAAAAGUCCAUGGCAGACUUUCAGUGGUGAUGCUCCACUUGUGAUUGCUCGUGGUGGGUUUUCUGGAUUGUUUCCAGAUUCAAGUAUUGAUGCUUACAACUUCGCAAUGCAGACAAGUGUAGCCGGUGCUGUUCUAUGCUGUGAUGUUCAGCUAACCAAAGAUGGACAUGGGGUUUCCUUCCCUGAUUUAAAGUUGAACAAUGCUUCAAAUAUUGGAGAUAUUUACCCAAAUCGCCAAAAAUCUUACCCGGUUAAUGGAGUCACUACUCAGGGUUGGUUCACCAUUGAUUUCUCCUUGAGAGAUCUCAAUAAUGUUUCUUGUAAGUAUUUAUGACUCAACUACCUUUUCUGUAAGAACAUAAUUUGUACUUUUCUUGUUACUACUCA